AUGGAUGAUGCAUCAUCACAACCCACUGAGAGUAGUCUCAUUGAAGAGAGAGAAGAAGUUAUGCUGACUGAUAAAGGUCCGAGCUUGAGAAAAACCCAUUUCUUAAAACCCUUUGUCACCUCCAUCGAUUGCUCUGGUGUAGCAGAGCUUCCUCAUCAAUGUCUCUCUGUUUCAUCUACGGAACUGAAUCGCUUGAGCUCGCCUCAUUCCUUCUCUGGGUUUUGGGUUGCAGAGCGUCAUUUCGUAUCUUGGCUUGGAAAAAUGGAAGCUUUGCACGGACCCAUUUGGAAGAAAGCUGGGAUCUUUGAAGCAAUCAAGGCCUCCACUUACAGUAUCACUAAAAACUUGUCUCUGAUUCUCUCUGUUGCUGAGAAAUGGUGUCCCAAAACCAAAUCUUUCGUGUUCCCUUGGGGUGAAGCAACGAUUACGCUAGGGUUUUCCGUUUUGGGGUCUUCUGCUUUUGCUCCUCUUGAAAUGUCGGAGAUGAGAGAUUCCGUGGAGAAUCUGGAGAAAGAGUGGAGAAGGAUGAUGAAUAUGAGCAGCAAAGGUAGUGGAGUGACCCAAGCAUCGUGGAUUUCGAGUUUCUUGGGCAGAGGUGAUGAUACGGAGCACGAAGCUUUCCUUGUAUUGUGGCUGUCCUUGUUCGUUUUUCCUUAUCGGCCUCGUCGUUUUGUUUCCAGAGAUGUAAUCUCAUUAGCUGUUCGUCUAGCUAGAGGUGAAAGGAUCGCUCUUGCCCCUGCUGUUCUCGCUAGUGUAUACAGAGAUUUGGAUCUAAUCAGUGGUUUGGGUGGAGAGAAAUGUGAGAAGAAAGUUACUCUCAAGUCUCUGUUUAAGCUAGUCCAAGUGUGGACAUGGGAGAGGUUCAAGAAGACGAGACCAAACGCUAGAGAGAUACCCAAAGGCGAGCCAAGAAUAGCUCAGUGGGACACUCUGCAACAAAGAUCCAAUCUGAGAUUCAGUUUUGAUGCUGAGGAUUUCGAUUGGCGUCCUUACACUAAACCUUUGAAGAAGGGAGCUCGUGAGGAGGAUGAUGAUGAUGAGAGUUGUACGGAUGAUGAAGAUGAUAACAUGACCGUUGCUGAAAGGAUCAGAUCAAGGAAGAAGUAUAGCGAUGCAGAGAAAAGUAGAGGAGAUGCUUCUAUGUCACUUGGUGAAAGAAGAAGAAAAUUUCAGGUGGUGGAUAGUGAUGAUGAUGAUGAUUCACGGCCUUGUCCGAAGCUUGCUUCAAGAGUGAUGCAAACGGCAAGCAAGGCACAAAAGACAAGGACAGUUUGUGAUGAUGUAAAUGGAAACACGGAAGAGAAGGAGAGUGUGAUCGAUGCUGGAACCAAGGAAUCAGAGUUUUGGCUCCACGGAGAUGGUGAAAAGCAGAGAUGCAGGCAAGUUAACAAGGAAGAAGAUAUUGAUGAAAGAUCUGAAGAGAGCAAGCUUGCAGCAAAAGAGAUAGGAUUGAAGCUGGAGGAACGUAUUCUGAAAGUGAACAAGACUUGGCCAGUGAUCAGACUCGCUAUUUUAUUUCUCCUCUUUGCUCUGCCACGAGUUUUGUCAGUCGGGGAAGAUUUCACAAGCUUGUCAUGUGGAUCGACGGCGUCUACUCGGUAUACAGAUAAAGUUACUGGUAUCAAAUACGUCUCAGAUGCUCCGUACAUAGAUACCGGUGAUGGCAGGCAAAUCAAACCAAUUUACCAGAGUAAAGUAGACGAAAAACAAUGGUUACAAGUCUGCCUGGUCAAGACAGGUGAUUCGACGCCAUUCAUCACAACCCUAGAGCUUCGUAAACUCAAUAGCAAAGCCUACAAGGAUAGGAGGGGAUCCUUGCAUACUGUCAUUAGAGCAGACGUUGGCUCGCUGUCGUCUAACCAAUCCUCAAGGUACAGAGGAGACGUCUAUGAUCGCAUAUGGCGGCCAUAUACACCCGAUAAUUGGACGAGUAUUUCUACCAACCGCAGCGUCCGUAUCAAUAAUCCAUUUUGGCCCGCAGAGAUGGCUAUGAUCACGGCAUCGUUUCCAACAGACCCAGACAGUCCGAUGACAAUUCGGCUAGGCAGCGAAGACCAUUCGCCCUCAGCUUUAUACCUUGUCAUGCAUUUCUCUGAGAUCCAACAGCUCCGCAAGAACGAAACGAGAGAGUUCGCCAUCAAGUACAACGGACGGCUGAUACGGCCUCCAUUUAGACCGCCAAGUCUCAUCGCUAUGUCCUAUUAUUUUGACGAGGAAUACGGUCUUAAUGCAAAUGGAGAAUACAUUUUUUCCCUGGAAAAGACGAAAAAUUCAACGCUCCCUCCACUCCUAAACGCGAUAGAGGUGUUUUUGGUAAAGAAGCUUCCGCAGCAAGAAACGGGUACAAAAGAAGUUGAUGCAAUGCUGGAGAUCAAGUUGAGGUAUGGUCUUAACAAGACCAACUGGGUAGGAGAUCCUUGCGCGCCUGAGAGAUACAGGUGGAGUGGUAUCAACUGCAGCUAUAUCAGCAAUCUCCCACCUGAGAUCAUCUCUUUGAACUUGACUGCCCAUGGCUUAACCGGGGAGAUACUUGACUCCAUUUCAAACCUUACCAGUUUACAAUCUCUUGAUUUGUCUAGCAACAUGUUGAUUGGUUCGGUCCCGGAGUAUAUAACGAACAUGGAGAGUUUGAAAUUCAUAAAUCUUUCAAGCAAUAAGCUGAAUGGCUCAAUCCCUCCAAGACUCCUUGAUAAAAUGAAGAGAGGAUUAGUUUCAUUGAGCAUCGAUGGAAAUCCAAGGCUGUGUUCUCAUGCUUCAUGCGCCCCAAAAGCCCCAAACAAGACCAACAAGCAUAAGACGAUCACAAUUGUUGCAUCUGUAGUAUCAUCAGUCAUUUUAAUCUUAGCCAUUGCUGGCGCAACUUUCGUGAUCCUCAGGAGGAAGAGGAAGAGGAGUGCCAAGCUUGUUCGUCAUCCCAGUUCAGAUGGUAUUAAUCUCCAGCAAAGUAGCUCCCCAGAAAAUGCAAACAACAUGUUCACAUUCCAAGACUUAGCUCGAGCAACUAGUAACUUCUCCAGCGACAACCUCAUUGGACAAGGUGGGUUUGGUUAUGUUCACAAAGGAACACUUGCUGAUGGAACGGAGGUUGCGGUUAAGCAGCUAAAGACGGGAAGCAGACAAGGAGAAGGCGAGUUCCGGGUUGAGAUAGAGACCAUCAGUAGAGUGCAUCACAGGCAUCUCAUUUCCCUCCUUGGUUCUUGCUCAACCGGAUCUCAAAGAUUCCUUGUCUACGAGUUCGUGCCUAAUAAGACUCUCGAGUUUCAUUUGCACGAGAGUAUGGGACCGGUAAUGGAGUGGGAGAAUAGGAUGAAGAUUGCUCUAGGUUCAGCUAAGGGACUCUGUUAUCUACAUGACGAUUGUAAUCCCAAAACCAUACACCGGGACGUUAAAUCUUCAAACAUUCUAAUUGACCAUGGGUAUGAGGCAAAGUUGGCGGAUUUUGGGCUCGCCAAGUCUUGUUCAGACAAUGAGACUCAUGUCUCCACUCGAGUUAUGGGAACAUGCGGUUACUUGGCCCCUGAAUAUGCUGCUUCAGGGAAACUCACUGAAAAAUCCGAUGUUUUCUCUUACGGAGUAGUGCUUCUCGAAUUGCUAACCGGACGCGAACCUGUAGACAAAACACAGCCUUUUUCGGAUUAUAAUGAUAGCAUCGUUGAUUGGGCGAAACCUCUGAUGGCUAAAGCUCUAAACGAUGGCAACUUUGAGGGUCUUGUUGACCCGAGACUAGAGGAUGACUUUGAUGUCAGCGAAAUGACGAGAAUGGUUGCUUGCGCUGCUGCUAGCGUCCAACACUCAGCGAAACGCCGCCCAACAAUGAGCCAGAUUGUUCGAGUUCUUGAAGGCAGCAUAUCUCUAGAUGACCUUACCCAAGGAGCUGCUUCAGGAGACAUCGCUACUACUAGUUACAGCUUAGACGAGGGCUCCGAUUAUUGCUCAACGCAGUACAGACAAGACUUGGAGAAAUUCAAGGAACUGGCGUUUGAUGAAAGCCAGACAUUUGGUAGCGGUGAAUCCACAACCACAAGCAAUAAUGGUAAGAAGCCAUCACGCUCCUCUAGUAUUACCUAA